UCCUCUUUCACUAUAAUUAUUAUUUAAGAUAGCAGUCUAAUGUUAGAAUCACCAAUUCCUAAACUAGAUAACCCUUCAUUUAUAUCCAAAUCUAGAACACUAAAAGAUCAUCAAAACGAAGAAAAUAUAAAUGGUGUAACAGGUAUGGGAUAAAUACACACAUAUAAAAUGCAUAAAAUGAAUAAUUCAUUAAAUAAACAAGGGCAAGAUUUUAUAUCGAAUAAUACAUCCUCCACAGAGCCGACAAAUUGGAUUAAACAAACAAACAAUUCUAAUAUAUCAAAAAGACCUAGUAUUCAACACAGCAGAAUAAACAAUUCAGUUGAAUUAGAUAAUACAUCUUCAGAGGGCAGGCCUAGUAUUUAUUUAUUUAUUUUCGUUAAUCCAGUUUCAGGUGAUAAAAAGGGCGCUGAUCUUGUUGCUUUACCGAUUCAACAUUUUCGUCUUCGUCGUUUCCCUCAAGUACAAGUAGAGAUUCAUGAUAUUCUAAACGAUGAGGAUCGUAAUAAUGGCAUCAAAAAUAUUCAAUUAGUUGAAUGUAAAUUAAAAUUUAAUCAAAUACCACCUAUUGAGCAAAAUGAGGUGGAUAUAAAUAAUGACGAAAAUCCAACUUUAUCGAAAGGUGUUCAAACAAGACAAAUUCAUGUUUGGAGUGCUGGCGGUGAUGGUACUGUCAUGAGUGUCUUUGAAUUAUUAGUAGCUCAUAAAAUUGAUCUUGGUCUUGUAUUUUUCUCUUGUAUUCCUUUUGGAACUGGUAAUGAUUUUAGUCAAGUCCUUGGUUGGGGACGUACAAUUCCAGAUAAGAAUAUUCUUGGUUCUAAAUUACAAAAUUUGGAAGAACUUAUUUGUGAUCGUCUUGAGAAAUCAGAAGUGGCUCGUUUAGAUGUAUGGGAAAUUAAAUUGACUUCUUAUCCCUCGGGUUAUGUGCGUGAGGCAGGCCCUAAAGAAAGGAAUGAUGGUCAUGAUGUUGCAGAAGUGAAAAAUGGCCAUUUAAAGCAUGAAGAUGAAUUACCUUUAGAAAAAGAAGAAACUGUCUUGGUUCGAAAGAUGUCUAAUUAUAUGUCAAUUGGUGUCCAAGGCUUUGUAGGUAGUGGGUUUGAAGCACAUCGUGCUGGUAAUCGUUUUGCUAAUAAACUAGUGUAUGCUCAUGAAAGUUCUAAAUGGGUAUUUUGGAGACGAUUUCCUCAUCUUAGUCAUUAUAUCCAAAAUAUCAGUCAAAAUGGUCAAAAAACCCUUGAAUGGCCGAAUCCAGAAGAAAAACAAAAAGAAUCUUCAAAAAUAUCAAAUAAUAAUAACAUACCACAUAUGAUGAAUGAUCCUAUUGAUUUAGUAAUUCAAAAUAUUCCUCAUAUUUGGGGUAGAGAAGUAGAUCUUUGGGGAGAGGCGCAAUCAGGUUUAGAAGCCGUAUCAAAUCGCUCUGGUCCAACAGAUCCAAGAAAUUGGAAACCACAACGGGCUAAUGACUGCCGAUUAGAGAUAAUGAGUAUAGAGAAUAUGUCUAGUUAUUUAAAAAAAUUGGCCAAUAUUCGACAUCACGUGUCGAGGAUAGGUCAAUUUGAUAGUCCAUUUGAAAUUAAUUUUCAUCAACCUGAAUACCAUCUCAAAAAGACUGAUAAAUUAGAAGAAUCAUCUUCAGCUUGGUCUAAAACAAAGGCUUUUGUUAAAGAUAAAUCAAGACACAAGUAUGAGAAAAAAAACAUAAUGUGUAUCAUGUGUGAUGGCGAAUUCUACGAAAUGAAAGAUCCAAAAUCAAUCACUUUUAAUUGUUUUGCUCAAAUUUGGACUUUAGGAAGGAAUGAUGAAGAAAAUCAAGGAAGACUUGUAAAAGAUGAAUUAGAUGCAGAAGCUGAUAAAUAAAAGGUCCUUAUACUUCAAUGGGAACUACAAGAUGAAUAAAUGUGUAUAUUGUAUUUAUACUGAAGAUGAUUGCUACUUUAUUAAAAUAAACAUGCAAUACAAAGAGCUAGUAUAAAUUGAUUUACACGACUACAGCUAAAGCAUACCCAUAAUAGAUAUAUAUAAAGCUAAGAAUAAAUAUCCUGGAAAAAAAAAGAACCAUAUCAAUUUAAAAUGAUAAAGUAAUAAAAUUAUCUAUUAAAUUGUUAA